ACUCCCCCUCAGUUCACCACACACACACAUUGACCAAUCGGCCAGUGUGUGUGUGUUACUGCGCGUCCAACACCAGGAGUGAGUCACCUGAGACUGAAGAGGGUGAUCUGAGUGGGCCUACUGGACACACCGGCCAUUUUACAUGAGGUAUCAGUUCCUGUUUCUUUACAAACAGAAGCUCAAAGUCCACUUGCAUGAUCAGAGAAACAAGCUGAAGUCAAACCGUUUCUCCCUCUCCAUGCUUGAUAAGGGCUUCGUGAUUACUUCUUUCUCAAUGAAUCAACACAGUCAGCCUGCAGCAUGAAGAACUGGAGCAGGAAAUUCAAGACACAGGAGCCUGACAGUGUGUUCGGCUCAUCCUCAAGCAAGAGGAACUCCAUUAGUGAUCCACCGGUGCCUGUGUGGGUGACUCACACACCCACACCAGAUAAUAUCACAGAUGAUGGCGACAAUAACUCCACAGGCUGCACAUCCAGCACUGCACCGUAUGCAGAGAAGGAGGAAGCAAAAGGGAGCAUGAAGGAAAGGCUGAGAUCCCUCAUCCCUCAGGCAUGGGGGGGCAUCAUGCAUAAAUGGACAAAGGAAAGAGACAAUUUUAAUGACUCUGAAGCUAGCAGCAACAGGAUCCAGAUCCUUCCUAAUGGCACCAGAGUGAGCCCCCCUGUGAGUCCCCUGCUGGAGCGAAGGAAGUGGGGUGAUUCACUUCCCACCUCCAGCUGUAACUCCCAGAAGCCUUUGUUAAGGGAGAGCCCUUCUGAUGAUCUGUUCGAUCAGGACCCACCAGAGGAAUCCCUCCUCACCAGUAUCCACCCAGCAGAGUACUACGCUGAGAAGCUGGAGGUCUACAACCAGAAGUAUUCUUAUUUAAAAUCCUGGCCAGGGUUGCUCAGACUUCUUGCUGGACUUCAGAUCCUUUUUGGAGGCAUGGUCUUGGCCUGCGUAAUCGCGUACAUCCAGAAAGACAGUGAGUGGUCCAAUAGCUACGGACUCUAUAACGGUGCUUAUAACAAUGGUUUAGGCAUGUCUGGGUACAGCUACAGAGGCCCCAUGACGCCCUUUAUACUGGCAGUAGCUGGAAUCUCCUGGAUUAUAACCUUCAUUCUCUUAGUGAUGGGAAUGACGAUGUAUUAUCGCACCAUCCUCCUUGACGCCCCCUGGUGGCCUCUAACGGAGGGCCUAAUUAACGUGGCGCUGUUCCUGCUCUACAUGGCGACGGGGAUUGUCUACCUGAAUGACUUGAACCGCGGGGGGCUGUGCUACAUGACAAUAGGCGUUAACCCCAUCAUCGCCAAUCUGUGUCGGGUGGAUGGGGGCCAGAUGGCGGGAACAGCUUUCAUCUUCAUCAACAUGGCCUUGUAUCUGGCAAGCUUCCUGGUGUGUCUGAAGAUGUGGAGACAUGAGGCCGCUCGUAGGGAGAGGGAGUACUUUAACAACAAGCCCAAGGAGGAGUUUCGCCAGUCCAUCCCAUUAACCCUUCAAAAAAACAAACACAUUUCAUUCAAGGAUGAAACGGAUAAGUCUCUGAGUACAGGUUAUACCAACCAAAAUGCACUCUAUAAGAACCCAGUCAGUGUGAACAGAAACGCAGCAUCUGAAUACACCUCUAAAGUCCACAUCAUCGCAGACUACAUCAUAAAGUAUCCAGAGAUAAGCUGUGUGGAAGAAAGGGAAAAGUACAAAGCGGUUUUCAAUGACCAGUAUCAGGAGUACAAGGACCUUCACAGAGACAUCAGCACCACCCUGCACAAGUUCAGAGAGCUGGACGCCACCAUGGCACGACUCCUCAGAGAGGGAAAAAGCCAAGAGGAUCAGCAGAGGAUUCAAACUAUUCUGAAGAAGUAUCAGCAGAAAAAGGGUGACCCUGGCUUCCUAGAGAAAAAGGAACGCUGUGACUAUUUAAAAGCUAAAUUGAGUUACAUUAAAAACAGAAUCCGCAUUUUUGACGAAGAGGCCAUGGAAAAUGAAUCGAAAUUAAGAACAGAGAGAAAUUACUACGAUAGCCCUCCUGUGUACAGCCCGCCUUACAGCACUAACUCCCACAGCUUCUACCCCCCUCGGAGCGUCCACUCCCCACAGAGCCAGUACAUCCCAUACACCAACAAUGUCCCACCGGACUCACACUACAUGGAGGAGAAGCCUCAACACUUCUACCGCUGGUUUUCCCCUCCUGGCUUCGUCAAAACCUUCCAAGGAGCAACAGUCCUCAUGUGUUUCCUCAUCUUCGCCUGCGUGGCUUCCACUUUAGUGUGGGACAUGAAUGGAUUUGGGUAUGGGGGCUACGGUGUGGGGGCUGCAGUGGGUGGUGCAGGGAUGGAGUCUGGAUAUUAUGGAGGCAGCUACGGCUACGGGAGCUCCUACAUGACGCCACAGUCUGCCAAGGCAGCAAUGAUUUCCAUGGCAGCCAUUAAUUUCCUGGUCUCACUGGGCUUCCUGGUGGCCAGUUUCUCACGGUCACGGAUCAUGAGGGGGUGCAGGUUCUACCUCACUAUGUUCAUUUGUGAUAUCAUCUUAGCUGUGCUUCAAGGUAUCAUCGACAUCAUCUUUGUGAUCGGGGUGAACCCGAUGUCUCAGAGCUCACAGAGCAUGCUCUACAAUCCCAUGCUGAUGAUGUGCCAGUCCAUCCAGGGCAGUCCCAGCAUCAGCGGCAGCAUCGGGGCCGGUUUUCCUGGCGGUUUUCCCAUGUACAACCAAUACCUGUACCACUACUGCUUCAUGGACCCCGAGGAGGCGGUGGCGUUUGUGUUGGGUCUGAUUGUGGUGUUGGCCCUGUCCCUGUCUGCUUACUACGCCUACAAGACCCGCAGCAAGAUUUGGCGCCACGGCAAAGCUAACAUCUACUGGGACGCGCCGCGGAUCAGGUCUUCAGAGGGCCAGGAUGUGCAGGACUGGGUGAACCAUGUUGGAGAGGUACGCAGCACCCAGCAGGCACCAACUGUUGUUUUGUCAGAGAGAGCAGCACCUGACCUGAGGGCGGGGAACAGCGUGGUCUCCUAUGGCAACGGGACAGUCAGCAUCCACAGUGAGGGAAAUUAUAACUGCAACAGUUUCUCUGCUGACAACAGUAAUCGUCGGGGUGUGGAGCCUGUGUACCAGAACAGCAAGGUCACAGUUUGCUCUAGCAGCUCCUCAGAGGAGACGGACAGCCUCAGGAAACCUCCUCCUUAUCACGUGGAGGAAAAGCAGAAGAACGAACGGGGGCCCAGACCUGCUGCCCGGGAGAUGGUGGAGUCCACAUAUGAAACUGGUUACACCACCGGAGACACGGGCAAUGAGCUAGACCGGCACCACACAGAUUACCUCCACAGAAUGUACCCAGAGAUUACUUCAGAUGAGCAGCGCCGGCAGUACAAGACAGAGUUUGACUCAGACCUGGCCCGCUAUAAGAGCCUCUGUGCCAAAAUGGAUGGUAUCAGUGACCAGAUGCACAAGCUGAGCCGAGAACUGGACGUCCUGGACGAGGACUCCAUGAAGUACCAGGAUGUGGCAGUUGAGUAUAACAAACUCAAAGAACUCAAAAAGACUUCAGAUUAUAAAGCAAAGAAGAGGCAGUGCAAAGAGCUUCGGCAGAAACUUUUCCACAUCAAACGUCUGGUGAAAAUCUUUGACCAAGGUCUGUGUUAGUGUGAUGUAAUAUUCUGUCCAAACAGCUGAGGAUGAACACUGACACGGUGUGACCAGGCUGCAGAAACAAGGAUUGUAUCCUUCAUUUUUUCUCCAGUUUUACUGCUUUGCUGUUUGAAAUGUAACAGUUCAGCUCAACAUGGCUGUGCUUACAGUCACUGAACCUCAAGUGUUUUUGACCCUAAUGUUUACAACUUCUGUGUGGCUUUGGCAGCUGGGUGGAUGACUGUCAGGGUAGAGCUACUGGUAGACUUUCCUCUGUGUGGUUGUAACAACAUGCUACUGUUUACAUUUAUAUUUGUUGUACCUUGUGUAAUAUUUACAAUUUGAAUAGCAGUUUAACAAUAUUUAAUUGUUACACAAUGUUGCAGGAUGAGAAGCAAUGAGUGUCAGUUUUUAUACAAAAAUAAUGUAUUGAAUGAAAAUAAUAGCAGAAAUUGAGUAAAUUCUUUAAACACAUCAGCAACUUUCAGUAAUACACUUCUACAUUUAAGGUU